AUGGCCAAACAACAAGCCUCGUUGGUGAAGUAUAUCAACGCCAUCAAGCAGUCUCCGCGGGAGAUAUACAACCGCCACCUCUUUAUUUCGGUCAUUGCAUUUGCCCUAGGUGGUUGUGCAAAAGGUUGGGAUGAAGGCUCGGCCGCUUCCAUAACAGAACUCCCCUCUUUCCAGAAAACAUACCUUAUCGACGACGACACGAUUUCAAACCUCGUGUCCUUCGUCAAUCUCGGUGCCGGGGUCGGAGCCCUCCUUUCCUUCCUGGUAAACGACCGGAUCGGCCGUAUCUGGUCUCUGCGACUGUACCAGACUCUCUACAUCAUUGGCUCUCUGAUCUCAUGCUUUGCAUACGGCCAUGUCGGUGUGCUCUAUGUCGGCCGCAUUGUUGCAGGGCUAGGCAUCGGUGCUCUAUCAGUUGUAGGCCCAAUGGCUAUUUCAGAGAUAGCACCCAAGAAUAUUCGCGGCCUGAUGACCCUCUGGUUCAACAUCUGCAUGCUGACAACCCAAAUGAACGGUGUCUUCACCGUAUAUGGCUGCUCCAUCCACAUACCAGGCACAAGUCAUCUCCAAAACCAAAUCCCUUGGUUCGUGCAGACAUUCGCCCCCGCGAUCAGCAUAUUCCUAUCAUUCUUCAGUGUCGAGUCUCCACGCUGGCUCCUCCUCCGAAACCGCCAGCAAGAAGGUCUCGAGGCGCUGGAGCUCCUUCGCUGUCUCCCCGUCAGUAACGCCUACGCUGCGGAGGAAUAUCACGGCAUGACAACCCAGGUCGAACAAACAGACAGCAGCUAUCUCAGCAUUGUAAAAGAGACCUUUUUCGUCCGCUCGAAUCUCCGCCGUGUGCAACUCACCGUAAUUGCCUAUAUUCUAGCGCAGAUGUCUGGCGCCAAUUCGGUCACCAAUUAUCUACCCACGAUAUACGGCCUAAUCGGAAUCACCGGCUCUGGAGUAAAGGUGUACUCAACAGGCCUUUACUCCUUGACCAAAGUGAUUUGCUGCAUCGCCGCAUCCCUCAUUCUCGUCGACGUGAUCGGCCGCCGCAAAUCAAUGAUGACGGGCGUCUGCAUCCAAGCGGUCUGCCACGCCUACCUCGCCGGGUAUCUCAAAUAUGACCUGGAGGCCCCUGACACAGUAAGUAAGGGAGCAUCCGACGCCGCCAUUGCAGCAGUCUUCAUCCACGCCCUCGGAUGGGCAAUGGGGCUGUACAGUCUCCCGUAUCUCUUCGGGGCAGAACUAUGGCCAAAUAGGAUUCGAUCGUUUGGAGGUGCCCUAUCGCAGGGGUUCCACUGGCUCUUCUAUUUUGCAAUCACGAAGGCAACGCCGGCCCUUUUGGAGGGUACGGAUCAGUGGGGGGCUUUUGUGCUAUUUGCGGCAUUCUGUGUGAUUGCGUUCGCUUAUGCCUACUUCUUCGUUCCUGAAACGAGCGGGUUGAGUUUAGAGGAGAUUGAUAUGAUAUUUGAGAGGCCGAUUUAUCGGCUUGCGCAGCCUCUUGUUAGGGCGGAAGAGGAGGUAGAAGUCAAGGAUGAGGAAAAGAUGGAAACAAGGAGUGCGUAUGUUGAGAGGGCAUGA